UUCAAACUGAGGAAGACGUGAUCUCAGUAAUUUAUUGUCUUAAUUCUUUAAAUUUAUUAACUUUUACUAAAGUUUAAGCUAUUUAAUAGUCAGACUGUAGUAAAUAAAUAUAAAUGUAACCUUAGACAUUCGGAUAGUAUGUUAUAGCACUCAAUGAAAAGCAAUUGCUUUGAACGCGAUAAAAAAUAUAAUUUUCCUUGAUAUUUGUAUACUGAUUAAUAAUUAAAUUAUACAAUCAAUUACUUUUGUGAAUGUCUUAUUAUCGGUGUUGUUAGGUUAGGUUACUUUAGCUGUUGCUGUUUUUUUGUUAAAAUCAAUAAUAAUAAAAAUCGCAAUGCUCUCCGACUCCACCCCAAGGGUGCUUUCAAUCCAGAGCCAUGUUGUGCAUGGUUACGUUGGAAACAAAAGUGCAGUGUUUCCAUUGCAAGUUUUGGGUUUCGAAGUUGACUCAAUAAAUACAGUUCAAUUUUCAACUCACACUGCUUAUAAACAUAUCAAAGGGAAUGUAUUGAAGAAUGAAGAGAUGGAAGAACUAGUACAAGGAUUAAUGUUAAAUGAAGUUGACUACUAUACACAUUUCCUAACUGGAUACUCAAGAUCUCCUGAAUCUUUAAAACAAAUUGCAGGAAUCAUUAAAAAACUGAGAGAGAAAAAUCCUGAUCUAAUUUAUGUAUGUGAUCCAGUGAUGGGUGACAAUGGUAAGAUGUACGUACCAGAAGACAUUCUUCCAGUGUACAGAGACGUUGUCGUACCACUAGCUGAUAUCAUAACGCCGAAUCAAUUUGAGGCUGAACUGAUAACUGGCAUGAAGGUCAAUGACCUGAAUGACGCAUUAAAAGUGAUAGGUGCCCUUCACGACAAGGGCAUUAAGACGGUCGUGUUAUCGAGUACGGAAUUAGGUGAUGAGAAGAAUAUGAUCGGUAUCGCUAGUACACAAGGUUCGUGCUACAAGAUUGAGAUACCUCGCGUAGACGCAACGUACACGGGUACCGGUGAUCUGUUCGCGGCGCUCUUUCUAGCUUGGGCGCAUAGGACAAAUAAUGACAUCAAACUCACACUGGAAAAGACCAUCGCCACGCUGCAGACCAUCGUCAAAGAUACAUACGAUAAGGCGAGAGAGAAACAACCUACAGGUAAAAUACCUCCAGCGCUGAUAGAACUGCGACUUAUUCAGAACAAGGCGGUCAUUGAAGACCCUGUUAUCACUAUGAAGGCUGUACAGAUUGCCUAAAUGUUUUUGUUGUUAUUAUAUUAAAAUCAAGUCAAACCGGGAUAAGCGAGAAACCUCUAUAAGCGAGAGUCAUUGUCAGGUCCUGACUGACAACUUCCAGAAGCGAGAAACUGGUUUAAGAGACUAACCUCUAUAAGCGAGAAUUCUUUCUCUAUCUCUUGGAUUCUCGCUUAUCCAGGUUCAACAUUAAUUGAUUGCAAACAAUCUUGUUUGUUAUAAAUUUAGUUUUACUGUUGAUUUUGACUAUGUAUUUAAAACGUGUUACCGCAGUGGAAUACUACGCUUAAGGUA